UCCCACAGCUAUGAUGACAUUUUAGGCAGGCAGCCAGUGCCAGUGAGUUCAUUCACAACGCAAACAUUGAGCUGGAUAGUGGCUAGACGCAGCAGGUGGCCUCUCGGGUCAAUUUACUCAUUAAGAUAUGGAUACACUGAACAAGUUCACAGCUCCUGCAAGUGCAAAAUUUCGCCAGCUUCAGAAGAUGGUCCAGGAUAUCAAGAAGAAUGAUGGCAGCAUCCUAAACAGGCUGAGAAGAUUUCAAAACAAGUCAUCUCCAAAACUACCCGUAAAAGACUAUCAAGGUAAUGACGUGGAGGAAGAACAGUGGUCUGAAAAAGAGUUUGACAGUGACACUGAUGAGUUCCCUCAAGAGGAGAAGGAUGACAGCUAUGAGCCUCCUCCCUGUCAGAGAGUCUUCCCCUCCACUUCGUCUGCCUCCUUUCCCAGGGGGGAAUACAUAGACAGCUGCCGAUGCAGGCCGGGAAGCCCCUCCCCCAGAAAGCCCGUCUGGCCUCCAAAGACCACCAAACCAUCACCGUCACCAUCACUGCCCCCUAAACCCAACCAGCAGGACUAUGAUGAAGAAGACUACGUCAACCCAGAAAGUGACGACGAAGACGACUAUAUAAACCCCACAGAGGAAUCACCUGCUAACCGUCUGAUGCAUGGAAGAGGCAAACCAAUAACGAGCAGUCCUUCAAUGUCCAAGACUGUGCCAGAGCGCUCAAAUAGCCCAGAUGUGUAUGAAGUCCCUGACAUGGAGGAAAACUCUCCUCCCCCAGUGAGCAGAAUGCACAUGAAGAGUUGUCAUCCAAUCCCAGUCCAGGAGCCCAUAGAUGAUGCUGAAUAUGAAGCCUGCAAUCCAGAAUUAACUGGCAGUACAGCGUCCGGGCAAAAGCCCCUGCCUGCACUUCCCAAACCAAUGCCCAGAGAAACGAAGCCAUUGAAGCCAUAUUUUAGACCGAGGCCAAAUAUUGCAUCCGGGGGAAAUGAAGGCACAGCACUGGCCACGAGGCACAUUAACCAGAAACUCACGGCCACACCCCAGCCCUCUGAAUACAAGUGUGCCAAGAUUCCUCUGCCACAGAUGUUUACCUCUCACAAACCUGAUAGAGGAACUGUACCCACAGAUGAAAAUGGGUUAACAGAUGCUGAAGAGGCGACAGAUGUCUUGAAGAAACCCUGGUAUGCCAGCACCUGUGACCGUAAGACAGCUGAGGAUGCCUUGGUUCGCUCAAAUAAGGAUGGGUCCUUCCUCAUAAGGAAGAGCUCUGGUCAGGACACACAGCAGCCAUACACUUUAGUGGUGUUUUACAACAGUAGAGUCUACAACAUCCCAGUGCGCUACAUCCAAGCAUCGCAGCGAUACGCACUCGGGAAGGAGAAGAAAGGAGAGGAGCGUUUCACCAGUGUUUCCCACAUCAUUGAGAACCAUCAGAGGAACCCCUUGGUACUGAUUGACAGCCAAAGUAACUCCAAGGACUCUACCAAACUGUGCUAUGCUGUGAAUCCUUAGGCCUCACUAGAUCCUAACUAGUCCUAUGGAUCAUCAGGGAUUUAAGGUUCGGACUCGGGAGUCACAUUCCAAAUCAGUGCGUCUAGUGUAAGACCUGUGUGCAAGUCAUCAGGCAAUUUGAUGCUACUCUCAGUUUGAAAUUACUGACCAUCUGUUCAGGGUUUGUGAGAAAGUUGGAUUAGUCUAGUCACAUUCACCCAGUCAUGGCUAUCCAAGCAAGACCAGAAUGAAAUUGACUUACUGUAAUGUGCUCUAGACAGACGGGUUGCUUUUGGCAAUGUACCAAUGCUCCAGCUUAACACGUCUGUACGUCAUAUAACGUCAGUUGGACAUAGAGGAACUACAUCACUGCCUUCUCUCCCUGCCAAUAUCCCCCGGCCACAAAAUAGAAGCUAUCAAGAUGAAGAUCACAGAAGUUAUUUUUAAUGAGUGCAUUUGGUAAUUGGCUAGAUUGCAUCAACUACCUUCACUAAAACCACUGCAAAGGUUUUGCCUGCAAACUUUGAAUCGUGAUUUGAUGGGAGAGGUGCCUGUCUGAAGAGGACCCUCCUGGAACAAUUUUUUUCCCUCUUUUCGAAAUGUACUAAGUCAGUCCGUCAUGAUUACCGGACCCUAGUCAAUGCUGUUGCCUAGGGUCAUGUUUCCGGGACUGGUACUGUGCCAAUUCAGUAAAAUAGUUCAUGUGUGUACAUUUUCAAACGUGUGUUGAACAUUUUGCAUUCUAUGGGGUCUUUUCUACCAACCAAACAUGGCCCCUCGAAUCUUGCCAUGAUGUAUUCUUAAAGAAUAAAAUAUUGUAGAUAUAUUAUAAAUAGAAAGUAACUACAGUAAGUGUGAAUGGUGUAUGAUGCUGGAAAGCAACACCAAUAGAACAAAAAAAGAUCUGCAGCAUUGAGUGUUAUACUAUAUUCUUGAGUUGUGUUCAUUAACUCAAAAUGAUUGAUAUACCUUUCCUUUCUUAAUUGUGUUACCCAACUUACAUACAUAUUCAAUAAUCACACAUAUAUUGUCAAACUAUUUGUAUUUAUUGAUCUGUACAACACAUAAUGCUACCAGGUGUGUAUCAAGAUAAAUACAUAUUCAUUGUGUAAAGGUCAGGCACUUGGAGAAAAACAAAUAUUUCUUAAGUCAAAAUUGUACCUCUUUCCCUGACUACUAUUCCAAACCAGGUACGUCCUAUAAUUCAUCCAUGCCAGAGAGAGAGAGAGAGAGAGAGAGAGAGAGAGAGAAAGAGAUGCCUAGAGGGGCUGCUGAACAUACGCGCCAUUACAAUGAUGCACUGUGAUUGUGAUGUAGAGAGACACUUUGACAAUUAUCUGUUUAAAUGCAGAAAUACAUGGUGGAUGACUAAUGCUGACGUGUGCAAGCAGAAAGGGUAUGGUCAGAAAGAUGUGCUAUGUGUAUUCAUGAUUUGGGUCCAUUUGACCAAUGGUCCUGUGCUGACUAACUAAAAGUAUCCCUUUCCAUGGACACUUUCAGAACAUAAGGAAACAUACAGUAACAUGCAUAUCAAUAUUGUCAUAAGCUUCAUAAAGUGAGAUAAUGGGAAGAAAUAGUCACUGUCUGUUCAUAAUCCUAUUAAAAAACAUAAUAAUUUCAA